CAUGAAGCGAAACCAUCACUUCACAGCAUGCAUUUAGCGACUUGCCAAUGGAGCAAAGAUUUGGUCAAAUUUCUGUCUCUGCUUCUCACAUUGUGUCCAUCCUUUAAGUUCAUGUAUCCCAGAUGCAUACCUCUCUGGACAACCAUGCCCUACAUGAAGUGAGAAUGGAAAUCUUGAAUCCUGCUUAUGCUCAAUAUUUCGAAAAACAUAUGCACGAACAAGAAGUUUGCGAACACGCCUGGUUCGCAAAUUGGAAUAAUCCGAAGUUGCUCCUGUCCCAUUGAACUAACUUCUUGUACCUUUGAUAUAGCCUAUUUUUUUUCUUUCUUUUUUUUUUUUUUCUUUCUUUCUCUCUUUCUUUCGGAAUUAAUUACAACCAUGCUUGACAUCUUUUCUAGCAAGAAUUGCGUAAUGACGUCCAUAGCUAAGCUCUAUUGCCAUCACCUUCGGAAAUCGAUACUAGCUCGAGACGAGUCCAGGCUAGGUCGCACUGAGCUGCUUGAGCUUCGUCUUCGUCUCGCUCGCUGUUCGUUGGGAUCGGAAGGGUGCAAACCAGUCGACUUCGCAAACAUAUUCAGUACAUCAGUCAACGAGAUAACACCGGUAAGCCUCCCGGAAAGACGAGCCCCGGCCAUGGCCGAUGCGGGCACAGCAGCUGUAGGGACUGGAGAAGCAGGUACUGCUGCAGUCGGGACAGGCGAUGGGGGUGCAGGCACCGAUACGGGUGCAGCAGGAGGUGGAGGGCCGGCGGUCGUGAAAGAUUGGGGCCCCAUCAAAGGUGUUGCAGGAGCUGAAGGGGAGGGCGACGCCGAUUCAACCACCCACAUUCGAUGCGAUCGAGUAGCAACGAGCUUGGCAACGGUAUGGGCCAGAGUCGAGUAUGGGUUCACGUAGAAUACGGGAAAGACGUCACGUCCGUGUUCAACUCCUCGCUCGUUGAGAAUCACAGAAAUAAAGUUCAUGCAUGACGAAUUGAGUAAAUGGGCGUUGGAACUCUUGGUUAAGUGGCGGACGUCUUUGGUGGAGAUGUUGCCCACCACAUUCAUACCGUUAUCAACAACUGCAACGCUUGUAAGUCCUUCAUUGUUCAUAAGCGUGAGUGCUUCAGAUAAGGGUGAAUCGGAGCUGUGGCCUGUCAAUACGUAUCAUCCUGAGACUGUGUGGAAACUCACUUGACAGAAACAAUCUCCUUGGCCCCAACACCCAGAUCACGUAGCAAAGCAGGGUAAAGCCGAUCGAUUGAAGGAAAGUUGACACCCUCGUUCCAGAAAAACUCGACAAUUCGAAGUUGACUUGCGAUGCCAACCACCUCGCCACUAGUAGUUGUCACCAACAGACGGUGGAUGCCACUGCCGAGGAUUUGAAUAGCCUGUGCGAGCUUUUCGUCACCAGGCAACGUGAUGAGUGUUUCCUUGCGGAAAAGAGGGAAGACGUCUCGUAAAGGAAUCUGGCCACCUUCCUGGGCCUUGGCCAGAAUCGAAUUGAAUAGCUCAACCUGAUCUUCUUCGGGUUUGGCGAGACCAACGACAACAAGUAGGUAUGCGUUCAGAUCGGUAUAAUCGAACGUGGAGACCGCGAUAUGGGUGGAGGGAUCCUCACGGACCAGAACAACGUUGGUAGGGCUCUUGAGGAGGAGCUGCGACUUAUAGUUAGCAUGGCUAUCCGGGGCCUGAAAGCGCAUAGAGGAUCGGUUCUGUAUUGGGUGGCAGUCAAAGUUUUAGGCUCACCUUUGUAGCUUCUUCAACGCUGCUAUCGAACUCAACCCACUUAAUAUCAUCGGGAGAUACAAGCUCUCCGAUAGCUACAUCACGCCAAUCGCGGCCGGCAAAUCUGGGGUUAGCAUGCUUGUUUCCUGCCGGAGGAUGGUUCAGCAACUCCUGGAGAGCGGCCUGUGUAAAAGAAGGGUGCCGUUGAGAGCGUGGUGAUGAGGGCGCAUUGCGCAAGCCCUCAGCGAAGCUUGCGCGGUGUGCGGAUAUGGAGCUUGGGCCAGAGCCAGCGGAUAUAGAUACAGAAGGAGAUCGCUGAGAAAGAGUAGGCGGUUUAUGAGUGGACGAAGAGCCCGAAGCAGCACUGUUGAGGCUGGUCGAGCUGGUCGCGCGAGUAUCCUUGAGCUCGCGGGAGGUUGAGCUCGGUGAGGGGUCCAUGGUGGAAUCGCUUCGCUUUGGCCAGGCGAUGAAUUGACUGACUGACUGAUAGAUCGGACUGGCAAUAAGCGAUAGAUCAACACGACUAGGGCGAACAAAACAGCGCUGUAUGUAUUGCAACCGAGUGGCAGAUGAACAGAUAAUGGCGAAUAGUGAUUUGUCGCGACAAUUGCAAUGAUGAAAUGAUGGAUAGUUUGCACAGAGAAGGGCGAAUGCGAGGCGAGACAAGACGGAAGUGGGAGUGGACGCGGGGCGCAGGCAGUGGAGGACAAGAGAGCGAGCGAGCGAGCGAGUGGUUCGAGUUGUUCAAUAUUCAAGUCCAAUAUUGGAAAGAUACAAAAGAUCAGAAGACAUUUAUUUGCCAAGGACAAGGCGAUCGAUAGAUGAGGUGAAGUGAAGUGAAGUGAAGUGGAAUGGUUUUUUUUCUGCCUCUUGCUGCGGAGGUUGGUCUGGAGAUGAGACCUGUCUGCGAGGGGCACGAGGUUACAAUCCAAAGCCAUGAGUGGGCGGG